UUGCUGUUUUUCAAACUCCAGUGACUGUUUGGGAAACUGACCGUACAAGUAAGAUGAUUGAGCUGGGCCUGAGCCUGGCUGACGGCAGCCUGAUCGAUGAGCUGAUGGAGCUGACGGCACAGAGCCUGAGUAACCUGGAGAUCCAGGAGCACUUCAACAUCGUCAAAGAGAUCGGCAGAGGGAAAUACGGCAAAGUGCUGCUGGUGACACAUCGCUUCAGGGGGACUCCUAUGGCCUUGAAAGUGAUGCCCAAAACCUCGACUAAGCUGCAGGGCUUUCUGCGCGAGUACUGCAUCUCCUUACACCUGUCUUGCCACCCCUGCAUCGUGGGCCUCUUUGGCAUUGCCUUCCAGUCUAAUGACCACUACUGCUUUGCCCAGGAGCUCGUCAUUGGCAGGGACCUGUUUGCUGUCAUCCAGCCAAAGGUGGGUAUCCCAGAAUCCUCGGUCAAACGUUGUGUUCUCCAGGUUGCCAGUGCUCUGGAGUUCAUCCACAGCCAUGGCCUGGUCCACCGUGAUGUUAAGCCUGAAAACAUCCUCCUGUUGGACAAUCACUGCUGCCAGGUCAAGCUGGCAGACUUCGGUCUGGCCCAGAAGAGAGGCACUCUGAUCCGCUUCAUCACAGGAACCCUGCCUUACAUGGCCCCAGAGCUUUGUGGCGUGGCCUUACUGGAGGACCAGAAAGAAGUGUCUGCCCCUCCACUCAGUGUGGAGCCAAGCCUGGACACCUGGGCCUUUGGGGUGGUUAUCUUCUGCGUCCUUACUGGCUACUUCCCCUGGGAGCGCUGCAUGGACUCGGAUGACUUCUACCUGGAGUUUGCAGACUGGUGCAGACUGGAGGAAAGGCCCUACGGUGAGGAGGACAUUCCUCCAUUGUGGAAAAGAUUCACUCCAGAUGCCAUGGAGAUGUUUGGUAAGCUCCUGGCUCCAGAUUUAGAAAAUAGGUGUACAGUCGGGGAGGUGAGAGCGUACGUAGAGAAAGACUGGCUUAGGAGUGUGAAUGGGAUGGAGCAGGAGCAGACAACAGAGAAAUAAGUCAGCUCCAGGAGUAAUCCUUGGCAUGCCCAGCUGCAGGAACAGCCUAAUACUUGCUUACAGACUUGGUUUUUAUGUCACCUUUAGACUCUUGGUGCCUCAAGGGGAGGUCAAAUAUUUAACAUGUAGACUUCAAGCCAGGCAUCAAGUGUGAACGGUAAUGAAAACAAACACGCAUUAGGGGUUUAUAGCAUUAAAAGAUAGGACUCAUUACUUUAAGGCUUGUUUCUCACAGGCAGUUUGAUACAUGCGGAAGCAGAAGACACACAGAUUAGCAGAAGAGGAAAAUAGAAAUGAUGAGACACCUUAUAAUCAGUGCUUUAUGUGGAACAGGCUGUCUGUACCUUGUUCACUUAUGGUGUGUGCAUCAUGAGGCCUGAAUCAGUAAAUAGUUAGUAUUGCAUUCUAAAUUCCUAA